CAGCCCACAUUUUCCCGGUAAAAAAAAAAAAAACACAGAAGGCGGAGCAACCAACAGAGCCACAUGAAAUGGCCGAAAUACUCCUACCACUCUUCUUCUCCAUCCUCCUCAUCUCCUUACCCUUUACCGUAAUUUCACAAUCCUCGGAUUCCGAGCAGGCGAUCCUACUCAACCUCAAACAGCAAUGGGGCGAUCCACCGUCCAUCCAGUCCUGGAACUCUUCAUCCUCACCGUGCGAUUGGCCGGAGGUCCGCUGCACCUCCGGCAAUGUCACCGGUCUCUUACUCCCAGGAAAAGAUAUCACGGAGAAAAUUCCGGCCACCAUUUGCGACCUUCCGAACCUCACCGUCCUCAACCUCGCCUGGAAUUACAUUCCCGGCGAGUUUCCGACGUCUCUCUACAACUGCUCCAAGCUGCAAUACCUGGACCUCUCCCAGAACUACUUCGUCGGUUCAAUUCCCGGCGAUAUCGACCGGAUUUCGUCGUCUCUACAAUACUUGGACCUCGGCGGGAACAACUUCUCCGGCGACGUUCCGGCGGCUAUCGGAAACCUAACGGAGCUGAAGGCCUUGCAGCUUUACUCAAAUCUGUUAAACGGAACAGUUCCGAGGGAGAUAGGCAACUUGUUGAAUCUCGAGAUCUUAAACAUUUCGUUUAACGGUGAUCUGAUCGCUGCGCAAAUCCCGCCGGAGUUGGGAAAGUUGGAGAAGCUGAAGGAAUUCCGGAUGAGGGGGUCGAAGUUGAUCGGUCCAAUCCCGGCUACUUUCUCUAAUCUUGUGAGCCUCCAGGAGCUUGAUCUUGGCUAUAACAAUUUGGAAGGCAAGAUUCCUGAUGGCUUGUUUUUGUUCAAGGAUUUGAGGAAUUUGUAUCUCUUCCGCAAUAGAUUGACCGGAGAGAUACCGAUCACCGUUGAAGCAUUGAGUUUGGCAGAAGUUGACCUUGCUAUGAACAACUUGACCGGCUCAAUUCCACCGGAUUUCGGCAAGCUGAGCAACCUGACUGUCUUGAAUUUGUACUCGAAUCAACUAACGGGUGGAAUUCCUGCAAGUUUAGGCCUUAUUUCGACGCUGAGGGGCUUUCGGGUUUUCAAGAACAAGCUGAAUGGGACUUUGCCGCCGGAGUUAGGUCUUAACUCGGAGCUCGAAGGAUUCGAGGUUUCGGAGAAUCAGCUGAGUGGCGCACUGCCGGAGCAUCUGUGCAGCAAAGGCAUGUUGCAAGGAGUUAUUGCGUUCUCUAACAAACUUAGUGGAGAGUUGCCUAAAGGGCUUGGGAAUUGUCGUGCUUUGCGUGCAGUUCAAGUUCACGACAACAGUUUUUCGGGUGAGCUGCCCGAGGGACUUUGGACUUCACUGAAUCUUUCAACCCUGAUGAUGAGCAACAAUUCGUUUUCGGGGCAGCUUCCCAGCACAAGUCUAGCUUCGAAUCUGUCUAGACUGGAAAUCAGCAACAAUAAAUUUUCUGGUGAAAUUCCAGUUCAAGUUUCAUCUUGGCAAACUUUGGUUGUUUUUAAGGCAAGUGGGAAUCUGUUUUCAGGGAAAAUCCCAGUAGAAUUGACGAGUCUUUCACAGCUGAACACUUUGUCACUCGGUGGGAAUCGAUUUUCGGGUGAAUUACCAUCGCAGAUCAUUGCGUGGGGAUCAUUGACUACUCUAGAUCUCUCAAGAAAUGAGCUUUCAGGCUACAUUCCAACAGCUAUUGGUUCUCUGCCUGACCUCCUCUACUUGGAUUUGUCAGGAAACAAAUUCUCAGGUCAAAUCCCAUCUGAAUUAGGCCACUUGAGGCUCAACUCCCUCAACUUGUCUUCAAACGAGCUUUCUGGGAAUAUUCCAGAUGUGUUUGAUAACCUUGCUUAUGAAAAUAGUUUCUUGAACAAUUCAAAUCUAUGUGCUAAUAGUCCAAUUCUAAACCUUCCCAGUUGCUACACCAAAAUCCAUAGUUCCCACAAGUUGUCCUCCAGAGUCCUUGCCAUGAUCUUAGUCCUCUCCAUUCUUGUGUUUCUAGUUACUGUUCUAUUGACAUUUUUCGUGGUCAGAGACUACCGGAGGAAGAAGCGUGGCCGUGACUUGGCAACAUGGAAGCUUACCUCAUUCCAGAGGUUGGAUUUCACUGAGUUCAAUGUCUUGACAAACUUGACAGAUACUAAUCUCAUUGGAAGUGGAGGCUCAGGGAAGGUUUAUCGAGUUAGUACUAACUGCCCACGUGAAUUUGUCGCGGUUAAAAGGAUUUGGAACAGCAAGGAACUAGAUCAGAAGCUCGAGAAAGAAUUCAAUGCUGAGGUUGAGAUACUGGGCACCAUUCGUCAUUCAAACAUUGUUAAGUUGCUGUGCUGCAUUUCUAGUGAGAAUUCAAAGCUUCUGGUGUAUGAAUACAUGGAGAAUCAUAGCCUAGAUAAGUGGCUUCAUGGAAAGAAGACAAGAAUAAUGGCGGGAAUGACUUUGGCUCAACAUGUUGUUUUGGACUGGCCAAAGAGACUGGAGAUUGCAAUAGGGGCAGCACAAGGCUUGUACUACAUGCACCAUGAGUGCUCUCCCCCAGUAAUUCAUAGAGAUGUCAAGUCCAGCAAUAUCUUGUUGGACUCAGAAUUCAAAGCUCGCAUUGCAGAUUUCGGGCUGGCCAAGAUCUUGGCCAAGCAUGGAGAAGGACAACCCCACACUAUGUCUGUUAUUGCAGGCUCUUUUGGUUAUAUUGCCCCAGAAUAUGCUUAUACGACAAAAAUCAAUGAAAAGAUCGAUGUAUACAGCUUUGGAGUAGUACUUCUAGAACUAACAACAGGCAGAGAACCUAAUAGUGGAGGCGAAUAUACCAACCUAGCAGAAUGGGCAUGGCAGCUAUUUGGCGAAGGAAAGAACGUUAAUGAGGCCCUGGAUGAGGAUAUAAAGAAAACAUGUUACUUGGAAGAGAUGGCUACUGUGUUUAAACUGGGACUUAUCUGCACUAGCACACUACCUUCAACUCGGCCUGCCAUGAAAGAAGUUCUGCACAUUCUUCGCGGGUAUGGUUUGUCAGAUGGUUCUGAUGUCAAAAAGGUGGGGAGUGAGUUUGACAUUGCGCCUCUCCUUAACACUGCGACUUACCUUUCUAGUUACAAGCGCAGUAAAAAGGUAGAUGAUAGCAUAGUUUACAGUGUGUAAUGUGCUCUGGAUAGCUGUGAAGAAAUCUGAGCACUGGAUAGAGGAUCCUCUGCUUUUAGUUUUUUUGAGCUUAUAUAGUAAAUACUAGGUUAUCCAUGCUCAAGUCUGUCUCAAAAUCAGUGUAGUUUUUCACACACAGGGUAUUGAUACUUUCUUGAGGAUUCUGCUUAAAAGGAUUGUAAGGGCUAGUUUGGGAUUGUUGUGACUUUUGCUGCUGUGUUGUCAGAAUAA